UCAGAGAUCCCGGAUCUGUCUCUUGCUUCAACAGUGUUUGGACGGAACAGACCGAGGGACGCCAGUUCUUCCAGCCACUCUCCUGCGUCUCAUCCAGUCACCGCCUUCAGCACCACCUCCAGGACCAGCCAAAACACCGGUUUGGUUUGGUUUGGUUUGGUUUUUUUCUACCUUAACACCUCAUUGCUGAAUGGUUAUGAGCUCCAAAUUCCUCAGAAUUAUUCCCCUGAGGUGGAGGCUGCAGUCAAUCGCCUGGUCAACCUGCACCUGUGGGCCUCCUACACGUACCUCGCUCUGGGCUACUAUUUCGACUGCAAGGAUGUGGCUCUGGACAGUGUGGGCUACUUCUUCCGAGAGUUGGCGGAGAAGCCAGAGGGCGUGGAGCAUUUGUUAAAGUUGCGAGACUGUUGCGUUCUCUACCGAGAACCUUCCCAGGAUGACUGGUCCAAAACUCAGGACGCCAUGGAAGCUGCCCUGGCCCUGGAGAAGAGCCUGAACCAGGCUCUUUUGGAGCUGAAUGGCCUGGCUUCUACACGUGCGGACCCUCAUGUCUGCGACUUCCUGGAGAACCACUUCCUGGAUGCGGAGGUGAAACUGAUCAAGAAGAUGGGCGACCACCUAACUAACAUCCACAGGCUGGCUGCCCAGGCUGGGCUGGGCCUGUAUCUCUUCAAAAGGCUCUCCCUCAAACAUGACUAGGAGCCUUUGGAGCCC